GUUGCGCGUUUCAGGCCAGUUGUGAGGCCAGAGUGAAGUAACUGGAAAAGUACAAUCGAAGAGGGCAGUGAGGAAGAUGAUGUCCCAGACGCCGUGGACUGUGCGAGCACAGUGUCUUUUGCUGUGGCUGCUGCUGCUGGCUGUGCCUGUUCCUUGGGCAGAGGCCAGGAGGUCCAGAGUCUCCUUGCCCUGUCCCGAAGCCUGCGAUCCCACGCGCUGCCCGCCGCUGCCCACCUGCUCGGCCGGCACGGCGCCUGUGCCCGACCGCUGCGGCUGCUGCCGCGUGUGCGCCGCGGCCGAGGGCCAGGAGUGUGGCGGGGCGCGUGGCCGGCCGUGCGUCUCGGGGUUGCGCUGCGGCGCCCCGUUCUCCCGGGAGCCCGUGGGGGGUGCGUGGCUGGGCACCUGCGACUGCGCUGAGGGCGCUGAGGGCUUGGCGGUGUGCGGCAGUGACGGGCGCACCUACCCCAGCCUGUGCUGGCUUCGGAAGGAGAACCGUGCAGCGCGCCUGCGGGGCGCGCUCCCGGCGGUGCCGGUGCAGAAGGGUGGCUGCGGGGACCCAGGGACCACAAAGGCAGGGUGGCUCCGGAGAAAGUACAACUUUAUCGCCGCGGUGGUGGAGAAAGUGGCGCCAUCUGUGGUUCACUUGCAGCUAUUCCGCAGGUCACCCCUCACCAACAAGGAAAUCCCUGCCUCCAGUGGCUCUGGGUUCAUCGUGUCUGAGGACGGGCUCAUCGUCACCAAUGCCCACGUCCUCACCAACCAGCAGAAGAUCCAGGUAGAGCUCCAGAGCGGGGCCCAGUAUCAAGCCACUGUCAAAGACAUAGAUCAUAAACUGGAUCUUGCGCUGAUUAAGAUCGAGCCGAAUACUGACCUUCCUGUCCUGCUGCUGGGGAGAUCAUCCGACCUCCGGGCUGGAGAGUUCGUGGUGGCUCUGGGCAGCCCGUUUUCCCUGCAGAACACGGUGACUGCGGGGAUUGUUAGCACCACACAGAGAGGCGGCAAAGAGUUGGGCCUGAAGGAUUCAGACAUAGACUACAUCCAGACGGAUGCCAUCAUUAACCACGGGAAUUCUGGUGGGCCACUGGUGAACUUGGAUGGUGAUGUGAUUGGUAUCAACACUCUGAAGGUGACUGCAGGGAUCUCCUUUGCCAUCCCCUCAGAUCGGAUCAGACAGUUUCUGGCCGACUAUCAUGAGCGCCAGUUGCAAGGCAAGGCUCCUUUGCAGAAGAAAUACCUGGGCAUUCGAAUGUUGCCCCUCACUCUGAACCUCCUUCAGGAAAUGAAGAGGCAAGAUCCAGACUUCCCUGAUGUGAGCUCUGGAGUUUUUGUCUAUGAAGUGAUUCAAGGGACGGCUGCCGCAAGCUCAGGGUUGAGAGACCAUGAUGUAAUCGUCAGCAUAAAUGGGCAACCUGUCACCAGCACAGCUGAUGUCAUCGAAGCUGUUAAGGACAGUGACUUUCUCUCCAUCAUUGUGCUCCGAGGAAGUCAAACCUUGUUUCUGACUAUCGCACCUGAAAUAAUCAAUUAAGCACCGUACUUUGAGAAACUGGCUCGCAAAACCAGCUGUAUCACCUGGUUUGUAUCGAAGACAUGCCAGAGAUGGCAGGGGCUUAGGAUAUCAAAAAAGAUGGGUGCUUUGAGCGCAUGAGCAC